AGUACACCUCUACUCUUUUUAACUCAUUAAAAACCAAUACAAACUUUUAUUUCUUGUAAACUCUCAAUUUCUCUCGUUUUCAAGCACAAAUUCUUUGCUUUCUUUCUCUUUCUUGAACUUUCACUAUGCCUUCAAGGCUCUCUGACGCCUUUAGAGGCCAGCCUAUCCACCCCCAACAACUCAAACACCCUGACUUUACCUCACUUCAAGAACUACCUGACUCUUACGCAUGGAAUCAGCGCGAUGAUGACUACCCUUCUGGCGACGCCUUCGCCACUGAUCAAUCCGUGCCAAUUAUCGAUCUUAAUGACCCUAAUGCUCUUCAAGGCAUUGGACAUGCAUGCAAAACUUGGGGAGUUUUCCAAGUCACCAACCAUGGCAUCCCUACUAGCCUCCUUGAUAUGGUGGAGUGCACUAGCCGGACUCUUUUCUCUUUACCAGUCCACCAAAAACUUAAAGCUGCUAGAUCACCUGAUGGUGUCUCCGGCUAUGGCUUUGCCAGGAUUUCCUCCUUUUUUUCUAAGCUUAUGUGGUCUGAGGGCUUCACUAUUGUUGGGUCACCAGACGAGCAUUUUCGUCUAAUUUGGCCCCAAGAUUACCGCAAUUACUGUGAUGUGAUUAAAGAAUACAAGGAAGAAAUGAAAAAGCUAGCAGGCAGAUUGAUGUGGCUGAUGCUGGGUUCCCUAGGCAUUAUAGCCAAACAAGAUAUCAAAUGGGCUGGCCCAAAAGGCGAUUUCAAAGAGGCUUCAGCGGUCUUACAAUUGAAUUACUACCCGGCUUGUCCGGACCCAGACCGGGCCAUGGGUCUCGCUGCGCAUACGGACUCAACUCUCCUCACCAUCCUCUACCAGAACAGCACCAGUGGGUUGCAGGUCUUAAAAGAGGGAGCCGGAUGGGUCACAGUCCCUCCUCUACCGGGCGGGCUUGUGAUCAACUUAGGGGACCUUAUGCAUAUACUAUCGAACGGGUCAUACCCGAGUAUUCUUCACCGGGCCAGGGUGAACCGUACCCAUCACCGGUUUUCCGUAGCCUAUUUAUAUGGGCCACCAUCUAGUGUCAAAAUAUCACCCCAUCCGAAACUAUUAGGUCCAGCUCAACCACCCCUCUACCGACCAGUUACUUGGAAUGAAUACCUUGACACCAAAGCAAAGCAUUUCAACAAGGCACUGUCAUCAGUUCGAGUUUGUGUUCCUCUAAAUGGAUUGGUCGAUGUAAAUGAACACAAUAAUAGCGUAACAGUUGGCUAAGAGAGUCAUUUUUGUUGUUAAUCUCCAAUUUCGUUUUCUUUCUCUUAUAUUAUCUAUUCCUUCCCAUAUCUUGAUUGGUUUGGACAUUUUAUGGGGACCCUAAGAUUUUGGAGGAUAGUAUUGGGAGUUGGGAUGGGUAAACUAAAGGGAAGAAUAAUGAGGUUAGUUCCCAUGAAAAGGCCCAAGUGGAUAAGUUGUAUCAAAUCAUAUAAAGAGAUGCAGACAAUGGGUCUCCAUUCUGUCUUUUGUCCUUAUGCUGAAAGAUAUGUUGGGAAAAAUUCUUAUUUGAA